CAUCAUUAGAAAAAGAUCUGUUUUGCUGUCAGUUUGUAUCUCUGGCAUUGUAGUGUUUCCCCAGAUAUACAUAUGCUCGCAGUGCUGGAUAACACUUUCUCUGCAAUGAGGGAAUUGCAUGGACUAUUCAUCUGCUUUUUUCUUCUCUUUCUGAGUGCAGGAUUCUUUUGCUCAAAUGUAGAACACCGCCUAUACGAGGAUUUAUUGAAGUCCUACAACCCUUACAUUCGACCUGUGAUGAAUGUGUCUGAUCCAGUUAUUCUCCACUUUGAAGUAUCAAUGUCUCAGCUUGUUAAAGUGGAUGAAGUUAACCAGAUCAUGGAAACCAACCUGUGGCUGAGACAUCUAUGGAAUGACUACAAGUUGAAAUGGAACCCAAGUGACUAUGGUGGUAUUGAGUUUCUUCGAAUUCCUGCAAGUCAGAUCUGGAGACCUGAUAUUGUCCUGUAUAACAAUGCAGUGGGAGCAUUCCAUGUUGAUGAUAAAGCCAAAGCAGUGGUGAGAUAUUCAGGAGAUGUAACCUGGAUCCCUCCAGCUAUUUUCAAGAGCUCCUGUAAGAUAGAUGUGACCUUUUUCCCAUUUGACUACCAGAACUGUUCCUUGAAGUUUGGUUCUUGGACAUACGACAAAGCAAAAAUCAAUCUAGUGAUGAUUGGUUCUAAAAUAAACCUUAAAGAAUUUUGGGAAAGUGGAGAGUGGGUCAUUAUCAACGCUCCAGGAUACAAGCAUGAAAUCAAGUACAACUGUUGUGUGGAAAUCUACCAAGAUAUCACAUAUUCCUUGUAUAUACGCCGGCUGCCAUUAUUCUAUACUAUUUAUAUAAUAAUCCCAUGCCUUCUUAUCUCCUGCUUAACCAUCUUGGUUUUUUAUUUGCCUUCUGAUUGUGGAGAGAAAGUUACCUUGUGUAUGUCUGUUCUUUUAUCUUUAACAGUCUUUCUUCUGGUUAUAACAGAAAUCAUUCCUUCUACGUCAUUAGUCAUUCCGCUUAUAGGCGAAUAUCUGCUUUUCACAAUGAUAUUUGUAACCCUUUCCAUAGUUAUAACUGUGUUCGUGCUUAAUGUGCACUACAGGACUCCCAAGACACAUACUAUGCCCCACUGGGUAAAAAGGUUUUUCUUGCAUUUGCUUCCAAAAGUCAUGUUUAUGACUAGGCCAGAAAAGCAACCAUAUGCUUUAAAGCCACAGGCAUACUUGGACAUCAGCAGUUCUGAGAUCCGAAGCUGUCAAGAUCAAUUGUUCUAUCAAGACAGUUCAUGUGCAUGUGGCCAGCUGAAGCGACUGUACACCUCAGACACUGCCUGUAAUGUCACAAGAGGUUCCAGCUUAGAAUCAAUGUACAAUCUGGGUUUGCAUUCAGGUUCAGGACUAUCACCAGAGAUAAGAGAAGCCAUAGAAGAUGUACAUUUUAUUGCUGAGAACAUGAAGGCACAGGAUGAAGCAAAGGAGGUACAAGAUGAUUGGAAAUAUGUUGCAAUGGUAAUCGACCGUAUUUUCCUGUGGGUUUUUGUUCUGGUCUGUAUUCUGGGAACUGCUGGACUUUUCUUACAACCGCUGUUAUUCAGUGACUAAACACUUCAGGUUUUACAGACAGGGAAAUCUAGCUGUGUAUUACAGGUUUAGAAUUAGGGUUACUCAGAACGCUUGGGACAUGCAUCUCCAGAUAAAGGAUCCUUCCGUAAUUUGAAUCACUAUACCUAAAUCAUUUAACCAUGAAAUAAACCCAUUAGGAUUGUUAUGGACUUAUGCAGUGUAGUUACCAUCAAGAACAACCUACUGUUACAUUGUUACAGAGAAAAAAAAAAUUAAAAACAUUUAGAAUUAAAAAAUUGACUGUGUGGGAGAUGGCCUUCUUGUAAUUUGGAGCUUUCUGGAUAACAGAUUUCCAGGUAACUGAUCCCAUACUUUUAUAGUGUUAUAGGUUUCAGAGCAUGAGUUUGUACAGACUGCAUAUCAAUUUAUGUGUAAGUAAUGGUUACUUGCUCAUGGGCAUUACCCAUGCUAAUUUAUUUGAAGAACAUUUAGAAUAUAGUUUUUUAUGAGUUACAAAUGUUACUUAUAAAUCUUUAGCCAUCAAAGUGUUACAUUAGAUACAGGUCUUAUCUGA